AUGCAAGAGGGCCAUUCUAUUGCACGACCACCUUUGUUUAAUGGGUCGGAUUACACAUAUUGGAAGACUCGCAUGAGGAUCUUCCUCAUUUCUAUGGACUUUGAGCUUUGGUCUAUUGUUGAGAAUGGAUUUCAAAAAUCUUCUCUUCCGAUGAGUGAAUGGAAUGAAUCGGAGAAGAAGGUUUUUGCUUUAAAUGCAAAGGCUAUGAAUGCCUUGUUUUGUGCAUUAGACAAAAACGAAUUUAAUCGUGUUUCAAUGUGUGAUUCGGCUUUUGAUAUUUGGAGAACUCUUGAGGUCACUCAUGAAGGCACUAGCCGAGUGAAAGAGUCCAAAAUCAACAUCCUUGUGCACUCUUACGAACUUUUCCGAAUGAAACCAAGUGAGUCCAUCGGAGACAUGUACACCCGGUUUACGGAUGUCAUCAAUGGACUCAAAGCUCUUGGUAAAGAUUUUACUAACUUUGAACUAGUAACUAAAAUCUUAAGAUCCCUCCCUAAAAGUUGGGAUCCAAAAGUUACGGCCAUUCAAGAGGCCAAAGACCUUAAAGCAUUCCCUCUUGAAGAACUCAUUGGGUCUCUAAUGACCUAC